CCGGGUCCAGAUGCUGAGAACCGGGAGACAGACUGGAAGCGGCGCAGCCAGAGCGCGCAGACGCGUCUGGUGCGCAACAGGGGGAGAGACGCAGACCGGCCGACGCCUCCGAGGUGCUGCGGAUGGUUUGAUGCAGCACGGAAGACUUUCCAGCUGUUGGAAUAUAUCGCUUUUUAUGUUUCUUUGGCUUUGUGUUUGUGUGUGUGUGUGAGAGAGACAGAGAGAGUUAUAUAAAGUGAUGCGCAAAAAGUGAAGCGCGCGAUUUUAUUUAAAGUGGAGAAUCCUGAGGAAGGGGGAACCCAACAGGAGCGCGCAUGUAGACGCGUCCGGAGUCGGUGGCGUGAAGUGGAAGAAAAAAAUAAUAAUAAAUUGACAACAAGAACAAGAAUCUGUCAUGAACUUGUCGGAGUCGGUGUGGCUCGUGGGAGAGCCGUGGAACCUCAGCGCGCUGGAGGAGGACGGCGAGAAGAAAAACCUGUUCGGGAUCGAUACGAGCAACUACAUCGCGCUGCUGUUCUUCCUGCUCAUCUUCACGCUGGGCGUGCUGGGCAACUCCAUGGUGAUCACCGUGCUCGCCCGGAGCAAGCCGGGCAAGCCGCGCAGCACCACCAACAUCUUCAUCCUCAACCUGAGCAUCGCCGACCUCUUCUACCUGCUCUUCUGCAUCCCCUUCCAGUCCACCAUCUACGUGAUGAACACCUGGGUCUUCGGCGCCUUCAUCUGCAAGUUCAUCCACUACUUCUUCACCGUCUCCAUGCUGGUGAGCAUCUUCACGCUCUCCGCCAUGUCGGUGGACCGCUACGUCGCCAUCGUGCACUCCAGGAAGUCGUCGUCGAUACGCGUGGCGCGGCACGCGCUGGUCGGCGUGGUGGCGAUCUGGCUGCUCUCGCUGGCCAUGGCGGCGCCGCGCAUGCACUACUACAACCUGUUCCACGGCGGCAGGAACGAGACCUACUGCUGGGACGUGUGGCCGAAUCAGAACCACAAGAAGGUCUACGAGGUGUGCACGUUCGUCUUUGGAUACGUCUUGCCCCUGCUGCUGAUUUCAUUCUGUUACGCAAAGGUGAUAAAUCACUUGCACAAAAAGCUGAGAAAUAUGUCCAAAAAGUCGGAGGCUUCAAAGAAAAAGACCGCUCAGACCGUGCUGGUGGUCGUGGUGGUGUUCUGCCUGUCCUGGCUCCCUCAUCACAUCGUCCAGCUCUGGGUGGAGUUUGGGAACUUUCCGCUGACCGAGGCCUCCUUCGUGUUUCGGGUGGCCGCGCACUGCCUGGCGUACAGCAACUCGUCGGUGAACCCCGUCAUCUACGCCUUCUUGUCGGAGAACUUCAGGAAGGCGUACAAGCAAGUCUUUAAGUGCCAGAUCGGCAACGUCGACUGCCCGCUCAACGACAUCAAGGAGAUGCGCAGCAAGGCCGAUACCCCGCCCUCGACUAACUGCACCAAUGUUUGACUGGCUGUCCCCACAGCAAUAGGAUCACUUACUGAGCUGAAACACUGAAACUCACUGAGUCAUGUUGACCAAGUGAUCAGAUGAAAGUUGGUGUGCAUUUUAAUCAGGGUGAGUAUUUGCCUCCUUUCAUGCGUUGUGUGGCGUAUCUGCACCGAAGGGGAUUGAAGGCUGCUCAUGAGAAAAGCCUGUAGGCAGACAAUUAAAUAUCACAUAAUUCAAAUAUUCAUUAAAAACUCUCAUGUAACCUUCUGAUUUUCAAUUUAAUUCGUUCAAUUUUGCUUUGUACCAAGUUGAGGUACCACCACCUGUCGCUGUGGAACAAGUUUUAAAUGUGUUUUGAAGAACAAAUGCAUUUUUUUUCUUCUGUAUUUAAAACUGCUCCAUGCAAUUUGAAAACCUGCCUAUCCCAGCGUGUUCAAAUUUCUGAUUGUAGUCGUUUUCAGUGGACAAUUUUUUAGCACAAAAGAAGCUGAUCUGGAAAGCCAGCUCGCACGUUUUAGCCGUCAAAAUCACUCUGUUCCCUUCAAAAAAGAAGAACCACAGCAUCCGGUUCAUCUGUCUCAAAGAUAUUGCCAUGCGUGUUGCUUCCUUCGGGCUGUAAAUUAAGUUUAGCUUGCUAAUGGAAUCACUUCAGAGAGGGCAGAGUUGGCGGGGUGAGUAAUAAAGGGUGGGGCAGUGCUUUUGAUUGAUAUCAAGCCGAUCUAUAUUCUUUUUUGUUUCACAAGGCCGGUUUCUUCUCUGUUAAAUUGAAUAGAAAUCCUCGAAUUCAGUUUCUGAACAACAGAAUGGAAAUAAUAGAAAAAUAACAUCAAGCUUUCAGAUUAUUUCUUCGGUGGAACCGCUAUUGUUAAAUAAUUCAAACCGCUGCCAAACGGGUGGAUCGGGCUUCUCGUCCCAGAACGUCUACCUUGAAAUUUUUAGUUCCUGUCUGCUCCAGGCCUGAGGUACAUUUUUUGGAUAAAUUUCUUUAGUAGCCGCAAAGCUAACAGAGGAGCGAGCUCAUUAGCUUAAAGCUCUCAUUCACUUUUUAUAAACUCAGUUCAUUCAGUAUUUGACCAAAUUACCGAAUACCAGAAACUUAAACUUAAUUUAAUCAAGUAAUUUAAGCUUACAUUUUUAAAAAAUACAUAAAACCGUUCUCUUUAUAUAUACAUAUCCACUGCUCAAAAAAAUAAAGGGAACACUCAAAUAACAUCCUAGAUCUGAAUAAAUGAAAUAAAUAUGAAAAUAAUUUCCACCUGUUUAUUCCAUUUGCACAACAGCAGGUGAUAUUGAUUGUCAAUCAGUGUUGCUUUCUAAGUGGACAGUUUGAUUUCACAAAAGUUUGAUUUACUUGGAGUAAUACUGUGUUGUUUGAGUGUUCCCUUUAUUUUUUUAAGCAUUUUUUUUAUUCUUUUUUCACUAAACAUGCCAAAUGACCUUGUGGACACAUCGACAUGCCAUGUGUGAAUACACACACAUGCUGCACACUAGGCACGCACUAUUUAACCUUCCUGAAGUAUUUUUAAGAGUUCUGCUUCCAAAACUUCAAAAAAUGUCCUUACAACACUUAAAAGGACACCAGAAAAAGUUUUAUGUGAGAGUAGUUACCUUUGACUUCACGACGACAGCGCCUCUUACCUGUCUGUCACUGCUACUUGCAGUUUAGAAAUUCGUGUUGUGAACGAUAAAGCCUAAAACUAACGUGAAAGGUUCUCAGUGCUAUUCUUCACUAUUGUCCACAUUUUUGAUUUGUCUCCAGAACAACUGAUUCAAAUUGUUGCGUGACCUUCUCAGCGUACCGUCGAGUAAAAUGUAAUUGGCAUGUACUUGCGUCGCGCUUCGUCUGGCCCAGACAUCUUCACACUGCAUUGAGUCAUUUAACACAUGUGAGCUACAUUGUAACCACCGCCAAGGAGAGCAACUUACCCGAGCUCAUAGCAACUGAGACAGACAGAUUGGGGGUCUGAACCGCCAGAUGUGUAGAGCAGGAGGCAGCAGGCUAGCUAACAUAGCUCGGCUAAUCGCUGGCUAAUGUGAGCUAUCGCUAGCCUCCCAGUUGUACUCGGUGACGAGCAGAACAACAAGUCGCCCUUCACUUGUCGCCAAGAAGCAAUAAGUUGCCAUGUUUAUUGAGAACACCCGACUAGAUUCAGCGGGUGUUCGAGUCCAUAUUUCGUACUUCACUCUUCCACUGAUGUGUACGUCUGUUCAAAAGUACAAAUACUAAAUGACACCGGUUUUGAAUCUCACUCCUGCGACUUUAUUAUGCAUUAUAUGCGUUAUAUUCAAUAACUGAAUAAUAAUUCAGUUAUUGAACUUUAUGAAUGAAAAAAAAAAAAGAAGCCUGAGAAAUCGGUGAGUCAUUUGAGCGGCAUCUUGGGAAUGUGACUGAAUCAUCUCGAAGAAAUAAGUAUUGUAACUAAAUGCUUGAAAUCCAAGCUGAGGAGGGGAAAAGAAAAAUGUCAUUCCCACUGUGUGCACACAAGCUAUUUCUAUUUCCUCAUUUGUAAUCACUGAAUCCUCCCUCCUUUACUGACUGACUCCCAAAGUUAAGACCAUCUUAAUGCAGGUGGUACUGGUCUAACCCUUCGAUGUGCGCUUCCAGAGGCUGCCAACAGCCUAAAGGCUAUCCCGGCCGGGAAAAGCUGUUGCCAGGAAAAUUGAAGUGCACCGUCUUAUCUAAUGUACUGCUGUGUUGACACACAGGAUUCAACAUGGGGGGUUUUGUUUUAUGACUUGUUAAAAGGCACAGAAGAGCAGUGCUUGUAACUGUAAAGUGUUUGUACAUCUAUUGUGAGAAAAUCUGCUUGUAUAUAUUUGAAACACUAAAGCCGACAUUCACACAUCUGAGAAUGCCUUGCCUUGUACAUAUAGCUUGCUGCUGUUUUGUCACUUCUGAAGCUGUGUUGCCUGAAAUUCCUCCUAAAAACACCACAGACCUAGGUUUUUGCUCGAAAGGCAAAAAACGUUUUUUCUUUUUAAGAAUUCAAUCCAAGAUCACAUGAAUUAUGCCAAGGUCUUACAGUGUGCAGCUUUACCUCAGCACAAAAAACAAUAAAUCACACAACAUGAGCCCAACAACUUAUAACCACGGUGAUGAUGACUGUGCUGAUUCACUGACUUUAACGCACCUUGUUGGGAUUUCACUUUGAAAGAUCGACAUUCAACAAGUGGUAACACAGAAGAUGCUGCCCAAAUUUUAAAAUGAGGCCACAUACAAACUUGGAAACUAAUACUGCACAUCACCCUAAACAGAGCAUCCACAUGGCAGUGGCCGCAUCAUGCUGUGGGAAUGAUAAGGAAGCUGGUCAGAUUUAAUGAGCGAUCAGAUGUAGCUAGUUCUGCUGAAAACAAACAAAAAAUAAUUUCAGCAGGUUCUAAUGACUUGAGACUGUGACUAAGCUGCACCUUCCAGUAACCUUAGAACAGAAACUAACCCUGAAACACUCAGCCAGACCUGCAAUAUAACUGAAAUUGUUUAGAUCAUAAGAAAGUUCAUAUGUUAGAACAGAAAUCAUGUUAAAUUCUGGGGGUCUUGAAAAUUGUUAUUCACAGAUGCUUUUCAUCUCGUAAGGGUUAUUAUUUUUUAUUUAUUUUUUGCUAAGAAGAUUAAAGCCCCAUGUUCCAGUCUAGCAGUGAGAGGUAAAGUAGUUCAAAUUCACACCACACUUUUCAGAAUUUCACUUUUGAAAACUCCACCGUUAGUUUCGUUGCAUCAUAUAAAUUUCCAAUAAUGCGUCAAAGUUUGGCAGUGAGUGAGACUGUUUGGCUUCAGAGCGUUCUCCCUGUACAGUCGCCGGUGCUUUCAUUUCUUGCGAUGGUCACUUUCUUCCUUUUCUUUAUUUUUUUCACUCAAGCUUACAGUCGUGUGGUUUUGAGCUGUGCUGCUGUUAUGUAAAAAAACAUAAACCAAUAUAUAUAUAUAUAUAUGUAUAUUUUCGUAUCUUUUUUUUAAAUAUCUUUUUUUCUCUCUCUCUGCUGGAUCGCGAUUUAAUGUUUUGGCUCGGCUUAUGUUGUAUAUCUAUUGUUAUUUGUAUUAUGAAAUAAUAAACAAUAUUUGCUUCAA